UACUACUAUACUAUUAUACUGGCCUCUCGGUGACUUGCUAUGCGUCUAUCCGGUUCGCGCGCUUUGCACAGGUUCGAGGAUCCACGAUAGCUGACAGCCGUGAAGACGUCAACGUUUUGGAGCUGCUGGCUUUCACCAGUCUCCGAAAACCUGCCGCUGGCCCUACUUUAGGUUGUCCUUGUCUGGAAAACAAAGGAGACGCCGUCGAUCAUCAAGUCUUUUAAGCGACGAUGUCGGGUUCGAUGCACUCCGAUGUGUGCGACGUCUACCUCUGCCGCGCGCCGAUCCAGAACAUGGAUUCCGCUAGCGCGAAUAUGCUGUCGUACUUCGCUUCAUCGUCGAGAAGUGUGUGCGGCAAUUCGUGGGAGAAGCACUGGCUGGUGAUCUUCGACUACGGCGCGGACGUGGUGCUCGUCUGUGACGCCAACAUGGACCACGCAGGAGACCUGACGGGACGCAAGUACUGGAAGAAGCGGAACGUCUUCAAAAAUACCUAUUCGUACAAGAGGCACCUGGGAACGCACCGUGUUCCGGAGGAGCGCAUCGAUGAGGUCAUGCGAAAUAUGUGUGACACGGGCCGCUACCACCUGACGAACAACAACUGCCAAAAGUGGGUCAAGGAGCUGCUGCGUCGGCUUGGCGUACAGACGCCUUCGGACGAGCACGACGCCCAAACCGUGGUCGAGGAGGUCUUCCAGCCGGCCAUCGGCGCCGCCCUGAUCGUCGGUGUCAUGGCGCUGGCAACGUUUUUCUUGGGCGCCGGGCGCAGGAACGACCGCCACUAGCAGUCGCGGUAGCGGCGUUCUUCUGUCUCGCUGACGUAUUGCGGGGAUUUGUUGCGCAGAAAAAGCAAAAAAAAAAAGAAAGAAAGAAAACACGCCACUGACUUCGAGAAUAUGCCGAUGAAAUUGUUUUUCUGCAAAUAUCGACCCAAUUUUUGCGUCAUGUGACCAUGAUACGUCGCAAGACUAAGCAGAAUAUACAAUAAAAAAGAAACUGCAAAAGUCCAAGCAAAUUGCCGUAGAUUUUAACGAUUGGUACAACAAGUAGCAAAACGAUGCAUUCGACAUUGUACCGUCGUGAAAAAAUUUAAUAGUUGAUAUCGCAUAAGGAAGCAACUAUAUACUGCAGUAGAAUUUUUUUUUCGGUUU